CCUCGAUACCCAGUUUUACCCUCACCAGUUCCUCCCUUCACCAUGCCUCAGAACGAGUAUAUCGAGCGCUGGCAGAAGCAGCACGGUAAGCGACUGGAUCACGAUGAGCGUGUCCGGAAGCGUGAAGCCCGUGAGUCGCAUAAGCAGUCAAAGGAUGCGCAGAACCUGCGCGGCCUGAGGGCCAAGUUGUACCAGCAGAAGCGCCAUGCAGAGAAGAUCCAGAUGCGGAAGCGCAUCAAGGCACAGGAAGAGAAGAACGUCAAAUCAUCUGCGCCCGACGAGCCUUCCAAGACACCACUGCCCCAAUAUCUGCUCGACCGUUCCCAGGCUACCAAUGCCAAAGCCCUGUCCAGUGCAAUUAAGGAUAAACGAGCCGAGAAGGCCGCCAAGUUUGCGGUGCCUCUACCUAAGGUUAAGGGAAUCAGUGAAGAGGAGAUGUUCAAGGUCGUCAACACUGGAAAGAAGACACACAAGAAGUCGUGGAAGCGUAUGAUCACCAAACCGACUUUCGUUGGUAGCGACUUCACUCGCCGACCUGUGAAAUACGAACGGUUCAUUCGCCCUAUGGGUCUGCGUUAUAAGAAGGCGAACGUCACACACCCUGAGAUGGCCGUCACCGUCCAACUACCCAUUUUGUCCGUCAAGAAAAACCCCCAGAAUCCCCUCUACACCCAACUUGGUGUCCUCACCAAGGGAACGAUCAUCGAAGUGAACGUCUCCGAACUCGGUAUCGUCACCGCAGGCGGAAAGGUCGCCUGGGGUAAAUACGCCCAGGUGACGAACUCCCCAGAGAACGAUGGCUGUGUCAAUGCUGUUCUUCUCGUCUAAUUCCAUUUCGAUAUCACGCUUCCUAUACCGUUUCAUGUCCUAGAAUCCUUUCCCUCUAUUUCUUUACAACCUGUUUAUUUUCACGGAUGGCGUUUGCGGCGUGCACCUGUUGUCAAGUCAUGUUAACUAAAAAGUAUCUUAUGAUAUGAGGUUUCUUGCUUCUGAUGUAAAUGGAGGGAUUUCCCUUAAUACUAUAGACUCAACAAACAAGAUGAGCAAUAGCGUGCGCUCCUUCUUUCCCCGAUUUCCAUGUUACGUGGGCCUGUUUUUAUAUGCCAGUGUUGCUGAAAUAUACCGA